CACUGAUUGAGACAGACAGCAGCUACUGACUAACACUCAGUCAUCAUGUCCACUGGUGGAGAGAAGUCCAAGCCCGCCUCUCAGCCUGAUGGGAAGGCUGCUCAGACUCAAAAGAGAACCGAGACGGGCAUGGGAAACUACAAGAUGUAUGUGUAUGAUCAGGAGAACUUUCAGGGCCGCAUGAUCGAGAUCUCCAACGAGUGCAUGAAUGUGUGUGAAAUGGGAAUGGAUAGAGUGCGUUCCCUCCGUGUGGAGUGUGGCCCUUGGGUGGGUUGGGAACAGAUGAACUUCUGUGGAGAGAUGUAUAUCUUGGAGAAGGGUGAGUACCCCCGUUGGGACUGCUGGAGCAACUGCCACAGGAAUGACUACCUGCUGUCCUUCAGACCUGUCAGAAUGGACCCAGAAAAGCAUAAGAUCUGUCUGUAUGAAGUUGGUGAGUUCAAGGGCCGUAAAAUGGAGAUUAUCGAUGAUGAUGUGCCCAGUAUGUACACCUUCGGCUUUACCGACCGCGUUGGCAGCAUCAUGGUCAGCUGUGGCACUUGGGUGGGUUACCAGUAUCCUGGAUACCGUGGCAGCCAGUACCUGCUGGAGAAGGGCGACUACCGUCACUUUAAUGAGUAUGGCGCUCGUCAUCCCCAGAUGCAGUCCGUCAGGCGCAUCCGUGACAUGCAGUGGCACCCAGAAGGCUGCUACACUAUGGCCACCAAGUGAGGGCUAGGGAGGACGAGAAAGAGAGGGAACAGGGGAGAGAGAAAGAGAGGAGGAGGAGAAGAUGAAGGAGGGGGAGGGGGGAGGGUCAAGAAGGAGAGGAGGAGCGCACCACCCGUAUGAGUCAUCCUGAGAAGGGAGAGAAGCAGAGAGGGAUAGAAGUCAGUCAAGUAUGGCCAGCAGCUUAGCAAAAAAAUGGAAAAUGUGGUUGUUGAUAUCAGAUGACUGCAUGGCUUUUUCGUUCCCACCCCUCUUUAUUCUCUCUCUUUUCUCCCAUCUUCUUCUUUCUUCCCUCUUCCUCCUCUUCCUCAUCCUCCAUUCACUUUUCCCCUGAGGAAAUCAGUCCAUCACAACGAGCCUUAACUGAUGCCUGACUCGUGUGGGUCAGGGAUGAUGAUUGACAAGGGUGGGUUGGGGGCGGGGCACUGGGUGGCAGGGGGAGGGGUGUUUUGGCCUUUGGAGGCCAUGUAAAACCUCCACAUCCUUUUGGAACGGUAAUAAAAGUGACACCUGUGACCGUUGUUCUCUGUUAUCACUGCUGAUUGUCUCUGUCCAUGCAGAGGGGGCAUAAAUGCAAUCCAAUAACUGGCUUUAAUAAUAAACAUCAGUAGGCCCACUAAACAAACAAAAUGUGGUAACAUAUUUAAUCCCCUAAUAUCUAUUUAAAUAGGCUACUGACAAAUCACAUAAUAAAUAUCUUUAUACACUGUUGUCAUAUGAACAACCAGUAACCAUAAAGCUGCAUGUUUGGCUCAUUAAAAAAAAAAAAAAAAACAUAAUCAUAAGAGUCAUUCAUACGGGAAACAGACGACACUGGUUGCGCUGUAGAUUUAGCAAAGGUGAUGCAGCACUAGCAGUGUUGGGAAGGUUACUUUGGAAAUGUAAUAGGUUACAGAUUACAAGUUACCCUAUUUAAAUAAGUAGUGUAACAAUUUCAAUUUACUCUAUUAAAGUAAUGUAACUGAUUACAUUUGAUUACUUUUCUAAAUUUCUAACUAAUGUUUUCAACUGUUAAUCAUUUUCAAACAUUUAAACCAGGCAGGGUUAACCUCAACACUGAUUACUGUCAGACUUCUCAAAAUCCUUCAUCAGUUGAAUCAUUGAUUAUAAUAAUUUAAUUUUAAAGCACAGCCACCACAAAAUCAGGCUUUAACGCCUCUUUUUACUUUGAGAUAGUUAAAUACAGAUUUAAAAUCAUAAGAUAUAGUUUAAUAGCUAUGAUACUGUUUUUGAAAUCAAAUCUUUGCAUAACUAUGACAGGAAACACUGGCAUCUGGGAAAAAACAGUUAAUCUUAAAAACAAUAAAGCAUAUACAUAAAUCCAAAAUAAGAAAUAAAACAGUUAUCAAAUAAGCAUGUGUCCUAUUAUGUGUCCUAAACUCCUGAAAUGCCUCAUAUUUUAGAGCAGUCAAUGCAAUUUGGGAAAGAAAUCAAUCAAAUCUGUAUGUGUGCGAAAAUAUUCAGAUGCAACCCGCUUGUAAUCGUUAACUUUUUCAUAAGUAACUGUAAUUUAAUUACACAUUUUUUUCUCAGUAACUGUAACAGAUUACAGUUACAUGUAUUUUGUAAUUAAGUUACGUAAUUCCGUUACAUGUAACUAAUUACUCCCCAACACUAGUACAGAAAACUCGAAAUUGCAUACUUCUUUUGAAGUACUUAGAUAGCGACCAUUAAAAACUACAUUCCAUAUAGAAUGAAAUGUAUGAAUGUAAUCUGGACAUACUACAUUUGUCAUGUUGUCAUUGUCAUGUGACCUACAUCUGCCUAUUUUUCAAAACUCUUAGAAGAAAAUAAACACAACCCUAGGUAUUUAUUUGAUACAGUGGCUAAAUUAACAAGAAAUAAAGCUUCAACUUCUGAUGUUUCCAAAGAGCACAGCAGUAAUGACUUUAUGAACUUCUUUACUUGCAAGAUUGAUAAUAUUAGAGAAAAAAUAAUAACCAUGCAACCAUCUACUACAGUAUCGUGUCAGAUAGUGCAUUGUAGUGUCCCUGAGGAAAAAUUCAAUUCAUUUACUGCUUUAGGAGAGGAAGAAUUGUCUAAACUUGUUAAAUCAUCAAAAUCAACAACAUGUAUGUUAGACCCUAUACCGACUAAGCUAUUGAAAGAAAUGCUUCCAGAGGUCAUAGACCCUCUUCUCAAUAUCGUCAAUUCAUCUUUAUCAUUAGGAUACGUACCAAAAACUUUUAAGCUGGCUAUUAUUAAACCUCUUAUUAAAAAACCACAACUUGAUCCUAGAGAAUUAGUCAAUUACAGGCCGAUCUCAAAUCUCACUUUUCUGUCAAAAAUACUAGAAAAGGCAGUAUCAUCACAGCUAUGUUCCUUUUUAGAAAGAAAUGGUAUCUGUGAGGAUUUCCAGUCAGGAUUUAGACCGUACCAUAGUACUGAGACUGCUCUCAUUAGAGUUACUAAUGAUUUGCUCUUAUCAUCAGAUCGUGGUUGUAUCUCUCUAUUAGUGUUACUGGAUCUUAGUGCAGCAUUUGACACUAUUGAUCACAAUAUUCUUUUAAAUAGACUCGAAAAUUAUGUUGGCAUUAGUGGAAUUGCAUUGUCAUGGUUCAAAUCAUACUUAUCUGACCGUUAUCAGUUUGUAGUAGUAAACGAAGACAUGUCAUAUCGAUCACAAGUUCAAUAUGGAGUACCACAAGGCUCAGUACUAGGACCGUUACUGUUCACUCUGUACAUGCUACCCUUGGGAGAUAUCAUUAGGAAGCAUGGCGUUAGUUUUCACUGUUACGCUGAUGAUACUCAGCUCUAUAUUUCUUCGCGCCCUGACGAAACUUACCAAUUCACAAAAUUAACGGAGUGCAUAGCUGAUAUAAAAAAUUGGAUGACCAGUAAUUUCCUACUACUAAAUUCAGAAAAAACAGAGAUUCUAAUUUUUGGACCAAAAACUUCUUCACGUAAUAACCUAGAAUAUUGUCUAACACUUGAUGGCUGCUCUGUUAAGUCUUCGUCGUCAGUUAGGAACCUAGGUGUGCUCUUUGAUACCAAUCUUUCAUUUGAAGGCCAUGUUACUAGCAUCUGUAAAACCGCAUUCUUCCAUCUUAAAAAUAUAUCUAAACUACGACAUAUGCUCUCAAUGAAAAAUGCAGAACAGUUAGUUCAUGCGUUCAUGACCUCAAGGCUAGAUUACUGUAACGCUCUACUGGGUGGUUGUUCUGCUCGCCUGAUAAAUAAACUACAGCUCGUACAAAAUGCAGCAGCUAGAGUUCUUACUAGAACCAGGAAGUAUGACCAUAUUAGCCCAGUUCUGUCAACACUGCAUUGGCUUCCUGUUAAACAUCGUAUAGAUUUUAAAAUCUUGCUAAUUACUUACAAAGCACUAAAUGGUUUAGCUCCCCAGUACCUGAGCGAGCUCCUAAUUCAUUAUAGUCCUUCACGUCUAUUGCGAUCUCAGAAUUCAGGCCAGCUGAUAAUACCUAGAAUAUCAAAAUCAACUGCAGGUGGUAGAUCCUUCUCCUAUUUGGCACCUAAACUCUGGAACAAUCUUCCUAGCAUUGUUCGGGAAGCAGACACACUCUGUCAGUUUAAAUCUAGACUAAAAACGCAUCUCUUUAACCUGGCAUACACAUAACACAUUACCAAUUUAUAUUUCCAAAUCCGUUAAAGGAUUAUUAGGCUGCAUAAAUUAGGUCAGCCGGAACCGGGAACACUUCCUAUAACACCUGAUGUACUCGUUACAUCAGAAGAAGAAUGGCAUCUACGCUAAUAUUAGUCUUUCUGUUUAUCCCGAGGUUCACCGUAGUCAACCGGAUCCGGGCCGUAUCCAGGUGAGACCAAGGACCUGCACCUUGACACGACCACAACGCAGCCCUGAAGUAUCAGCAGAGAUUGAGUCAACUAGAUCAUCCCCUGUGAAGGCCUCAUCGACACGACAGCCACGACACAGUUCCUCAACAACCGUCCAUACCGGCGUGAUGAAUACGAUCCUCAAUUGGAUGGAACUGAAAUAAAUACUUUUAAUGUUGCGAUCCUAUUGGACUUAUGAUAGCAACCUGAAUUGUAACAAAGCACUGUUGGCCAGAGGAGAACUGGCACCCCGACUAAGCCUGGUUUCUCCCAAGGUUUUUUUCUCCAUUUUAACACCAAUUUGCCACUUGUCUGCCACCUGAUGUCACCUGAUGGAGUUUGGGUUCCUUGCCGCUGUCGCCUCUGGCUUGCUUAGUUGGGGACACUUGACUUGACAUUUUGAUAUUCAACAGUGCUUUUGAUCUGCCUGCAUUGACACUAUUCUUUAAGAGCUGCUGUGCAGUCAAACAAUGUACCAGAUAUCAAUGUAAAGCUGCUUUGACACAAUCUACAUUGUAAAAAGCGCUAUAUAAAUAAAGGUGACUUGACUUGACUUGA